AUGUCCCUCGUCACGACGCGGAAGAGGAAGGACGUCGACUGUGCCAAGUCGAGUUCGAUCGAGAAGAACAAAGUCCGUCUGAUCGAGCGCACCAAUGACGGUCUCGUCGAUGGCGCCGGAGACGGUACUUUCAGGCCGCAACGCGGCGUGCGAACUCUCAAAGACAUUCGACAAAGGGGCGUCAAGAUCCUGUCGAUGUUCCGUACGAGAGGUACAGCGUCCCUUGAUCACCCCAAAUCACCGUUUUCUAAUCGCACUUUAGGUUCAGUACUUUAUACCAACGCUGCAGUGGCCGGUAAAACCUCUUCGGACUCGGCAAACAAUACUCAGCUUGCCGAACCUCCUCGGGAUGAAGACAUACAGAAACCUCAAAGCCCUCGCGUACCUAAUAGCCUCGAAGCCGCUCCUAGACUUACUCUACACCAUGCUAGAUCUUCGCUCACGCACCUCACCAAUGCCGCCGUCUUUGAUGGCGAGUCCGAACCUAUCACAAGCACUUCCCAAUUUCAGCAUGCAGUCAUACAUGCAAGCCGAUCCACGCCAAGUCUCUCGCAGCAAUUAACCCUCAAGCUUUCGACCGCACUCAUGCACAACCCGACUGUCAUACAUCGACCGAAGCUGAGCUCCAGACCCACUGUGCUGACGUCAGACCUUGAUGUUGACCGUUCGAGCGCAACGACAUCGUCACCAAAACGCGUGGAUGACGUGCCCUCGCUUCCGUCGCAGUCGAGCGGUCCAGAGAGUAGCAAUGGACCCUUGAGCCAAUCUACUGCACCUACAUCGCUCGUCUCUUCUGGCGGACCUGUAUCUGCAGAGAUCACACGAAGAGCACGCAAUGAGUCCGCUCAAGCACCACGGAUAAGCUCACACAUGGAGCAGCCAAUGACUGAACAACGCACAACGCAUUGGCUAAAAUUCCCGCGUCAAGAUGCACCACGUCUGGCCAAGCCAUCUGUCGCUACCGUUGAGAAGGCUGCCCUCACUAAGAUCUUCUUCGAAACUCACUUCAAUCAACUCCUUGGUGCAAAAACUUCGCCUCGAUCCAUGCGCCGCCGACAAUUAGAACGCAAGAUAUUCGCCAUGGCUCUGCCGAACGAACAACGUCAGUACAAAAGGCAAAGAUGGUACGUGGCUGAAAGUCAACAUCUCCGCCAGACACGUGUAAUGAACUCAAAGACCAUUGCAAGACGAAAUAUCAAGGGUGUCCAUAUCUCCAACUACGAUAUCGUUCGUGUUCUAGGCAAAGGCAGCUUCGGUGUCGUCCGGCUAGUGCGCGAGAAGAGCGACAACACUGGUGGCGGCUCCGAUACUAUGAACGAUAACAAAGUUCUUCCUUCGCACCUCGCGUUGAUAGCUCCGCCAUCUGUUCGCAAGGCCAAACAGGUGUAUGCCAUGAAGGUCAUCCGGAAAUCUGACAUGCUUCGAAAUAGUCAGGAGGGUCAUCUGAGGGCGGAACGAGAUUUCUUGGUCGCUUCCGAGAAUUGUCGUUGGGUUGUGCCUUUGGUCGCUUCUUUCCAAGACAACAACAACCUCUACCUCGUCAUGGAAUACAUGAUGGGUGAGGCACACAAAAUGAACUGGAUCCACCGUGACAUCAAGCCUGACAACUUCCUAAUCACUGCUUCUGGACAUCUCAAGAUCUCCGACUUUGGACUUGCUUUCGAUGGACACUGGAUGCACAACCAAGCAUAUUACAACGAGCAGCGCUAUGGUCUCAUGCAGGACUUGGAUCUAGACGUGCAAGGCGAUGAUCAAGAUAUCGAGGAAGAGAAGCAACGCAAGGCGGCGCGUAUGACGAUUGACCGCAUCAAUGGCAACGCAGCCUCCCGUCAGCCGUACGGAAUGAAGCAAAACUCAGCCAAUGGCCCCAUACUUGACUGGCUGAAUCGAUCGCAACGACGACAGUUUGCCAAGAGCGUUUGGAGCGUCGGCAUCAUCUUGUAUGAGUGUCUGUAUGGCUGUACACCAUUCUUCCAAGAGAAUCGCCAGAAAACAAAAGACCGCAUCGUCGAACACAAACGCUACUUACGAUUCCCGAACGAACAGCGCUUUGCGCGUCCGAAUUUAGAUCGCGUUCCCUUGAUGUCUGUGUCUCGGAAUGCCAUCGAGUUCAUGAUGAGGUUGCUUGACGAUCGACAAGAUCGCCUCUCUUGCAAGCGCUAUCGUGAGAACGAUUGGUUUCUCCGUGAUAAGGCGACCGGAGGCAGACGCUACCGAAAUAUCAAAGCUACCGGGCACAUAGUUUAUCCAAACGAUGCUGAAGACAUCAAAGCCCAUCCAUUUUUCCGCGACGUUCAAUGGUCUACACUGCACCUCCAACGACCUCCAUUUGUACCGAGAGUGCAUGGCGGUCAACCCAUCACCAAAUACUUUGAUGACGAGAACGAGAUCAUGAGCGCAUCGGAUCACCUCGACAGCUCCAGCUACGAAGUCGCUCAGGUGGACGGCGCUAUCGUGGUAGAGGGUGCCGAGAUGUUGGGCGAGCAAGAGUCGACACCCAAGGCUGAUCCCAUACUACAGCAAGAGAUUGGUUCCUCAUGUGCCUACGAACAAAUUUGUCAAAAGUUCCAGAAGAUCAGACGUCGCAAGAAGGAGAAGAAGAGGCCCCGCGACAAAAUUCUCCGCGAUCCUGAGGUGGGCGGGGUUGUACUUGAGAUCCGCAAGAAGGGUGCAUUUAUUGGGUAUACGUACCGCAGGCCGCGGUUUUCGUUGCCCGAGUUGGAUGCUGGAGUGUCUUCUGUAAGGUCGCCGCUUGCUCGAGUUGGUGUGGCUGCUGUCAGCUUUUGA